CCAUCCCCACCCCGGCCGCCACAAGCAAAUCAAAUGGCGACGCCCAACAUAGAUUCAAUUUCAGACACAAAAUUGUACGAGCUGAAAGAGCAGCUUCUGCUGCUGACCACACUGGUGGCGACGGUGACGUACGUCACCGGGCUCAACCUACCCGGGGGAGCCUGGCAGACGCAGCAGGCGGACGGGCACGGCCCCCUCGCCGGCGACCCCAUCCUCCGGGACAUCCACUACCGCCGGUACCUCGCCUUCUACUACUGCAACGGCACGGCGCUCGCCUCGUCGGUCGUGGUCUGCCUCAUCCUCGUCAUGCUGCGCAGGGACAGCCCGGCCUGGUCGGUGGUGCUGCGGGUGGUCAUGGUGCUCGACCUUCUUGGGCUCAUGGGUUCCUACGCAGCCGGGACCUGCCAUGACACCUUCGCCACCAUCUGGGUCGUGGCGCUCGCUUUCCCAGUCUUGGCCUACAUCACGUACGCUUUCGUCUGCUACCUCUGUUUGCCCCUCCGCCGCGACAACCACACCCCCAGAAACACAAACACAGGGUACCAAGAGAAGGAGAAGAUCGAGGUGCUAAUGUUGCUGGCCACCUUCGCAGUCACUAUCUCCUACGCCGCCGGGCUGAACCCGCCUGGCGGCUUCUGGACCAGCACCGGGCACAAGGAUGGCCGCCUUCUUCACCUCGCCGGCGACCCCAUCAUGGAAGAUAGCGCGCUCCGGAGGUACCGGGCCUUCUUCGUCUGCAACACGACGGCGUUCGUCGCCUCCUUGCUCAUCAUCCUGCUGCUCCUGGACAAGAACUUGAGCAGGACCAUCUCGGCGAGGUUCGUAGCGGUCUACGGCUUCAUCGGGGUGGCGCUCCUGGGCCUCAUGGGGGCCUAUGCUGCUGGCAGCUGCAGGGAGACUGACAAUACCAUCAAGGUCCUCUCCCUGGCCGCUGGGGUUCCUAUCUGCGUAAUCUUGCAGCUGGCUCUCAACUAUGUCUUCUAUUGGCCAAUCAAGAACAUGUGUGAUAGUUUCACGAGAUGGUUGCAGAACUUGAGUCCCAGAGGUAUACUUGCUGUACAUCCUAAUUUGUUGGUUUCUCUUUUAUCUUUUACUAAUAAGACUAUCCACAGAUUGAAUGAUUGGAUGAUUGACCCAUUCAUUAAUUAUGCAGGUGCGAGCGCACUCGCGGAUCCAGACCUGAAAAACACUCGAUUUUUCGUUAUGGUACUUGCUAGCUUCGCGGUGAGCAUCACCUACCAAGCGGGACUGGAUCCACCAGGCGGCCUCUGGAAAGAUGACCUGAAUGGGCAUAAGAUCGGCCACCCGGUUCUCCGGACCACACAUCCUGCUCGGUACCAGGUCUUCUUCUACAGCAACUCAGCAGCUUUCGUGACAUCUCUGGUGGUGGUGAUGAUGGUCCAGAGCAAGUUCCUGUUGAAGCGCCGUACGUUGGUGGCAGCCAUGGUGCUGGACUUGAUCGGCCUCGUCAUCGCCUAUGCCGCCGGGAGCACCAGGGAUGCAAGCACGUCCAUCUAUGUCGUCGCGGUGGCUUGCCUUGUCCUCUCCUACGUCGUCGUCCAUAUCGCGUUAGGAGGAGAGAAGGAGAAUGUCGCUGCUGAACCUGCUCCUGCUGCUGGUACGGUAGCUCCUGAUCCUGCUACUCCUGCUGCUACAUCUGCUAGCCCUGCUGCUACUCCUACCGCUCCUGCUUCUCCGGUAGUGGUAUUAGGAGGAGGAGGGGGAGGAGGAGGGCGACGAAGCAAGGAGCAGCUGGAUGACAAGCGUCAGGUGCUGCUGCUAAUCGCCAUCUUGGCCGCGGCGCUUACCUACCAAGCCGGCUUGACCCCGCCGGGCGGCUUCUGGCAAAAGGACGACGAGGUUCAUGGCCACCGUGCGGGCUACCCGGUCCUCCUCGACAACUACCCGCGCCGCUACAAGGCCUUCUUCUACUGCAAUGCGGCGAGCUUCAUGGCGUCGGUGGCUCUCAUCCUCCUCCUCGUGAACCGCAAGCUGUACAGGCCGGGAAUACGGUGCUACGCGCUCCACGUGUGCAUGGCGGUCGGCAUGUUCGCACUCAUGGGCGCCUACGCUGCCGGGAGCUCCCGGCAUCUUAAGACCUCCAUCUAUGUGUUGACGCUAGUGAUCGCAGUGUCGGCCUCCAUACCCCUGCAGGUAGCCAUGUUCUGGUACAUCCGCAACUACAGGAGAAACCACCAACAUGAUGAAGGCAGAAUAAGACGACGGCGAACACGCGGGCUAGACAGCCCCGACCAGGAGAAGGACGAGGAGUUGGAGUACCUGAUGCUGCUAGGAGUCCUGGUCGCGAGCGUGACGUACCAGAGCGGCCUGAGACCACCGGGCGGCCUGUGGGAAGAGGGCAACGCCGCCGGCAACCCCAUCCUGCACGACGUCAACAAGCGCCGGUACGACAUCUUCCUGUACAGCAACUCCACUUCGUUCAUGGCGUCCGGGAUGGCGAUCGUCAUGCUGCUCCCGUUCACGCUGAGCAACCUCGAGUGGCGCUUCUUGCCGUCCCAGAGGAGGAACCGCAAGUGGCCGCUCUGGCCGGUCCACACGGCCAUUUUGCUGGACAUGCUCGGCCUCCUGGUGGCCUACGCGGCAGGAAGUACCAGGACGUGGAAGUCGUCCAGGAACGUCAUAUUCAUCCUCCUCCCCGUGCUAGCCUACAUUGCGCUCUACGCAGCAAUAGUGGCGAUAUACAUAUACAUCUGUAACAAAAAUCGCACAUCCUCCCAGUUGCCGACCACGCAGGCAGACCAACAAACAACAAACGCUUAGUCUCCCUCUUGGAAAUAUAUCGUGUGUAUUAUUCGCAUGAAAAACUUGUAUAUCAUUAUCACCACACCAUGUGGACCGAGUUGUUGUGCUGUUUUGGUCGUGCACCCGUCACUGUCAUUUCUUCAUUUUCUUUCCCACAGUACAUUGCUAGGUCAACAUUGUUCG